AUGGUGAGCACCAAUUCAGAAGAUUCAGCAAGGCAGACCGAACUGCAGGCGUUCGAUGAUACAAAAUCGGGAGUAAAAGGCCUCGUUGAUGCUGGAAUCGCAGAGCUCCCAAAGAUAUUCAAGCAUGAUCCAUCCACAAUCAAUGAAGAUCCGGUAUCAGAGUCGUCCAAAUUCACCAUACCACUCAUAGAUUUGGGAGGCCUGAAGGAUGAUGAUCCACAUUCACGAACUGCCGCAGUUGAUAAGAUCCACUAUGCCUGCUCGGAAUGGGGAUUCUUUCAGGUGAUCAAUCAUGGCAUCCCGGAGUCGCUCCUGCAGAGAGCAUUUGAUGGAGUUAGAAAGUUUCACGAGCAGGACAGUGAGGUCAAGAAAGAAUUCUACAGUAGGGAUGAAACAAGAAAGGUCAUGUAUAACACCAACUUCGAUCUUUACCAAGCUUCAGCAGCUAAUUGGAGGGACACUUUGUACUGCCUGAUGGCUCCUGUGCCUCCACAUCCUAAUGAUUUGCCGGCCAUAUGCAGAGAUGUAAUAAUCGAGUAUUCAAGAGAAAUGAAGCAACUGGGGCUAACCAUUUUGGAGUUGAUGUCCGAAGCUCUGGGAUUACAAUCCAAUCAUCUCAGAGACCUGGGCUGCGCCGAUGGACUCUAUGUGGAAGGCCAUUACUACCCAGAAUGCCCCGAACCAGAGUCAACUCUGGGAAUCAGCAAGCACACAGACCUCUCCUUCCUCACAGCAGUCCUCCAGGACCAAAUCGGCGGACUUCAGCUGAUCACGAAUGACAAGUUCAAGAGCGUGUACCAUAGAGUGGUGUCGAAGAGCGUCGGCCCCAGAAUUUCGAUCCCUAGCUUCUUCAGAACGCACCAUCGGCACGAAGGUAGCGACAGGUUGUACGAGCCGAUCAAGGAGAUAUUGUCGGAAGAGGAUCCGGCGAGAUAUAGGCCGACGACGACACGAGAGUAUGUGGCCUGUGUCUACUCCAUUGGGCUUGACGGCAAGGAUAAAUUGGGGCAUUUCAGGCUGUAA